GGGCGCCCCCCGGCCCCUGUCCCCGGCGGGGUCUAGCGACUCCACCUGCCCCCCCGCGGGGCGGCCCCGGGGCUGGGCUGGGCCGGGCUCCGCCCGCCGCUGUCGGAGGCUCCGCCGGGCUGGGGCCGGUGGCGCAGAGCGGGACCCUCCCGUGCCCGCGUCUGUCCCGCUCCCGGCAGGGGAGGAGCCGGGGGGGCUCCCGGGGAGGAGCCCGGGGGGCUCCCGAUGAGGCGCCGGAGGAUGAACCAGCUGUACAUCGGCAACCUGAGCCCCGCCGCCACCGCCCAGGACCUCCGGCAGCUCUUCGGGGAGCGGCAGCUGCCCCUGCCCGGCCAGGUCCUCCUCAAGUCCGGCUACGCCUUCGUGGACUACCCGGACCAAAACUGGGCCAUCCGGGCCAUCGAGACCCUCUCGGGGAAAGUGGAGCUGCACGGCAAAGUGAUGGAAGUGGAUUAUUCGGUGCCCAAAAAGCUCAGGAGCAGGAAGAUCCAGAUCCGAAAUAUCCCCCCCCACCUACAGUGGGAGGUGCUGGAUGGCCUGUUAGCUCAGUGCGGGACAGUGGAGAAUGUAGAGCAAGUGAACACAGACACAGAAACAGCUGUUGUCAACGUGACCUACACGACGAAGGAAGAGGCAAAAGUAGCCAUAGAGAAGCUGAGCGACCACCAGUUUGAGAACUAUUCCUUCAAGAUUUCCUACAUCCCGGAUGAAGAGGUGAGCUCCCCUCCGCCCCCACAGCGAUCCCGCCGCGGGGGCCACUCUUCCAGGGAGCGGGGCUCCUCCCCGGGGGGCUCCUCACAGCCCAAACAGCUCGAUUUCCCACUGCGGAUGCUGGUACCCACGCAGUUUGUUGGUGCGAUCAUAGGAAAGGAGGGCUUGACCAUAAAGAACCUUACUAAGCAAACCCAGUCCAAGGUCGACAUCCACCGUAAGGAGAACGCCGGCGCUGCCGAAAAGCCCAUCACCAUCCACGCCACGCCGGAGGGCUGCUCCGAAGCCUGUCGCAUGAUCCUGGAUAUCAUGCAGAAGGAGGCUGAUGAAACUAAAUCAGCAGAAGAGAUUCCCUUGAAAAUCCUGGCACACAACAGUCUGGUGGGGAGGUUGAUUGGCAAGGAGGGCCGCAACCUCAAGAAGAUUGAGCAGGAUACGGGCACGAAGAUCACCAUCUCCCCGUUGCAGGAUUUGACCAUUUACAACCCCGAGCGGACCAUCACGGUGAAGGGCAGCAUGGAGGCCUGUUCCAAUGCCGAGGUGGAGAUCAUGAAGAAGCUGAGAGAGGCCUAUGAAAAUGACGUGGCUGUCAAUCAACAAGCCAACCUGAUCCCAGGGCUGAACCUCAAUGCCUUGGGCAUCUUCUCCACAGGGCUGUCCAUGCUCUCAUCCACCCCGGGGACCCGAGGGGCUGCAGCUGCCACCCCCUACCACCCCUUUGCACAGCAGAGCGGGUGGAGGAGGACGGGCUCCUCAACUUACGUGUCAGGUCUGUACGGAUCCCCUCCGGCUGGUGCCUUGCCACAUCAGCACCCUCUGCCGGAGCAGGAGGUCGUGAACUUGUUCAUCCCGAUGCAGGCAGUGGGGGCCAUCAUCGGGAAGAAGGGGCAGCACAUCAAGCAGCUGGCACGGUUUGCUGGUGCCUCCAUCAAGAUCACCCCGGCAGAAGGUCCAGAUGCCAGUGAGCGGAUGGUGAUCAUCACGGGGCCACCCGAGGCCCAGUUCAAGGCCCAGGGGCGAAUAUUUGGGAAGCUGAAAGAGGAAAACUUCUUUAACCCAAAGGAGGAGGUGAAGCUCGAAGCCCACAUCAAGGUGCCUUCCUUCGCCGCCGGACGCGUCAUCGGCAAAGGCGGCAAGACGGUGAACGAGCUGCAGAAUUUAACGAGUGCAGAAGUGAUUGUGCCGCGGGACCAAACCCCGGAUGAGAAUGACGAGGUCGUCGUCAAAAUCAUUGGGCAUUUCUUUGCCAGUCAGACUGCCCAGCGCAAGAUCAGAGAAAUCGUGCAGCAGGUGAAGCAGCAGGAGCACAAACACGCUCAGGGAGCCACAGCCUCGCAGCAGCACAGCAAGUGAGGCUCCCACCAGCACCGCCCAAAGAAUGUAACCCCCCCGGUGCCCCCUGGACCCCCAGCAGGGCAGGGCACAAACCAAAGACCCCUCCCCGGGCCCCCCAGUCUUCAGCUGGGAGGGGCACAGGGAGGGCUCCCUCCAUCCCGCAGGCCUCCGCCUUAUUCCAUUGCCUCCCUCCCCUGCCCCAACGCUCUCCCUCCAGGUGGACUAACACAGGCAGAGAGAGGGGAUUUGGAUUCUGGAAUUUUGGGGGAAUUUAUUUGGGAUUUGUUUGGAAUUUUCCCCCACCCCAUUUCACCCAGGAGGGGCUGGCCUGGCUUGGGGGGGCUGCGGCACUCAUUAAGUUUGGAAUUAAUAUAUCGGUAAUGAAACUAACGCCCCAUUUUCAAGUUUUGUAAGGUUUUAUUUUGGUUUUUUAAUUUUUUUUUUUUUUUAAAUUUUCAGGGGGAGGUGGCUGUUUGUUUUUAGCAAAAGCAGGCUUUUCUAGAGGUCUAAGGGUAGGAGCUGGUCCAUUGGUUCUCUAAUGCGCCAUAGAGCAGAGCUGUAGGAUUGCCUAGGGAAAAAAAUUAUUAAAUAAGUGUUAAAAAGCAAUUUCUGAAGGGCUUUGAGAAGAGCAGGGCCUGUAGGAGUCAGCAGGAUUCCCCUUGCCUGCUGCAAGAGGAAUCUCUCCUUCACCCACCCUUUCCUCUUUGCUUCACAGACUCCAAAAGUGGGGGUUGCAUCUGUUCUGUCCCCCCUUUCUAUCUGUCUGUCCUCUCUCCAUCACUGCCUGGCGCUGACAUCCCUGGAAAACCAUGGGCAGCACCAGCCCUGCCCGCUUUGGGCUGGAGUUUUGGGGAAAUAUCCUUGUUGCAGGGAGAGGAGGGGAAAAUGGGUGGGAAAAAAAAAAAAAAGGAUUUACAAGAGGGGUUGCCAGCCCAGGGGCUGGAAAAACCAACCAGCAAAAUGAAAAAUAAUUUUUUGAAAAAUUUUUAAAAAAUAUUUUUAAAAUUAAAAAAUAUCCCCAACGAUUCCCCCAACACAAACACACACACACACACACACAAACUACCUCAGGUUUUCGUACCUCAGCACCUUGUUGCUUGUGUUGCCCUUUUAGAGAUUUUUGUAUGCCUUGUAAAACUGAGAGUUGGAGCUUUUUUUUUUAUUAUUAUUUUUGUAAUUAAAAAAAAAAAAAAAAACGAGUUGGAAAAAUGAUCUCGAUCAAGUCAACUGUGAGGUGGAAGAAGGAAACCACCCACCCCCCCACCCCAUGUCCCAGAGCUCUUCCGUGGUCUCCUGCAAGCUGAGAGCCAGUGGCCGUUCCUUCAGAGAAAGCUUGAGAAAUGAUUCAAUAGUUCCAAAAAAAAAAAAAGGGGGAAAAAAGAAAAAGCCAAACAUGAAAAAUAAAUAAAAAAACAAACAAAAAAGGGUUUAAACAAAUACAAGUGAUGGGUGGAAGCAGCGGAAGCGCCAGGCAGGAGGAGGGAUGGGAGCUGAGGGCUGCGAAUCCGUAUUUUCCUCUGCUGCAAAGUGUUGUGUGAAAACCAACCUGAGACACCAACAAAAGAGAAAUAUAUCCAGCUAACCAGAA